UUCCAGUUGAAACGUUACCUGCUGUGUGAUUUUAAAAAUAAUGUUUGUAAUUUAAUUUAUUUUGAAGACAGAAUACAUUCUAAUUUAUAUGGAAAACAUGGCGGUUCCUGAAGAGACUGUUUGAGCUGUCAUCCACUUCUGCGAUGCCUUCACUCAAUGUUGUGUCAUGUUUGCAAAGGCUGCACACCUGCUACAUGGCUCUCUUCAAAAACAGACCCCAUCGCUGGACUGUGUUUUCUCAGAGCAGAGCUUUGCACUACACUGCCUGUGAGCUGCAGUGUUCAAGCUCAGACUCUUCUUCCACCGUCAGCAGUGUACACCAGACACCGACUGUCCCAGAACCUGCAGACGAGGGCCCUCCAUCUCCCCCCAGCCACUGCUGCAUGAGCGGCUGCCAUAACUGUGUGUGGAUCGAACAUGCUGAAAAACUGCUGAAAUAUUACAGCGAUGGUGGAGACAGAGCUCUGGCUGCCAUUGAGGAGAACGUUCUCGAUGACAACCUGAAGACUUAUCUUAAAAUGGAGAUCAAGUUACUGAAGAAGAAAUCUUGAUUAUAGUGAACUUGGACUACUUGAAUUUUACUGAGAGCAGAUUCAUAGUGUUUCAUAGCAGCAACUAUUUGCACAUUUUUAAUGGGUGAGUCUGACAAAAACACGUCCCGGUCAUAUUUCACCCCUAAAUCAAAAGGAAAAAUAUUUAUGUAUAUUGCACAAAGACUGUAAAUCGUUCCUCCAAAAUCCUUAUUAUCGUAAUGCAUGCAGUUGUUUUAUUUCUGAGUUUUUUUUUUGUAAUGUCUUUAUAGUGUAGUAUUGAAAACAACAAUUUGAUGAGUUUUUUUUCUUUAAGUACUCUUCACAGAAUACAGUACAGUUUAUUAUAAUGAAAAUAUACAUAGGAAAAUUGUGAAUUGUAAUGUUCAAUAUUACUAGCCUACAGAACUGAUUACGCUGGCCUGCAGACUA